CCCUUCUUGGCCCCUCUGUUCUCCUGCCUCGGAGCCGUGCGGACCUGGCUCCAGCACAGAUGUACCUGGAGACCCCUGCAUUCCCUCCUCCUUGUCCUGGCUCUGGUUGGACCAGUGGCUUGUGGCUGAGCCUCUGAGCAUUAGUUUUCCCUGCUCCCAGCUCCCAGGCAGGGUCAGGUUCACUGUCGCACGUGGUGGCAACAAGCAGGCCUGGUUCUAAGCGGUCUGGUGGUGAACAAGCAGGGCGUCCACUCUGGGGUGGGAGUGGAGGUAAAGGCAGAUAGAUAACUUCAGGUCCUGGGAAUACCACGAGGGAAAGAAAAGGUGUGUGUGGGGAGGGAUGCUACCUUGGAUAGGGUGGUCAGGGAGGGCCUCUCUCAAGUGUUCCCAGACUGAGGGGACAGCAGGGGCAAAGUCAUGGGGAUGGGAAGAAGAGCAGUGUGUUUGGAGCAAGUGAAUGAGGGGGAGCCUGGGAAGAUAUGAGAUGACAGUGUGGGCCCAGGAAGGAUCUGGACUUUCUUCUAAAAGCAGCACACAUUCUUGGAAGCCCUUCGAAGGUAUUAAUGAUCAAGGCAGAGUCACAGUUCCCCAGUGCCCUGAGCUUUCCCAGCAUUUUCAGUUGGGGGUCAGGGGCUGUGGCCACGCCAGCUGACCUUCCUGCCAACUCUAGCUGGCCAUGGCUCCUUCUGACCCUCAGGGUUCUCCUCUGUAAAAUGGGGAUGGUAAUUCUUCUCUCACAAGGUACAUACCUGGCCCAACCUGCUGUCAUCCACCCCCAACAGGGCCUGGCCACCCCUCCCACAGAAUGCCUGAGGGCCCUGAGCUGCAUCUGGCCAGCCGCUUUGUGAACGAGGCAUGUGGAGGGCUGGUGUUUGGUGGGUGUGUGGAGAAGUCACCCAUCAGCCGCAACCCUGAGGUGCCCUUUGAGAGCAGUGCCUACCGCAUCUCAGCCUCAGCCCGUGGCAAGGAGCUGCGCCUGACACUGAGCCCCCUGCCUGGGGCCCAGCCCCCACAGGAGCCCUUGGCCCUCGUCUUCCGCUUUGGCAUGUCUGGCUCCUUCCAGCUGGUACCCAGGGAUAUGCUGCCACCGCAUGCCCAUCUGCGCUUUUACACAGCUCCACCUGGCCCCCGACUUGCCCUCUGCUUUGUGGACAUCCGCCGCUUCGGCCACUGGGACCUCGGGGGCGAGUGGCAGCCAGGCCGCGGGCCAUGUGUCUUGCUGGAGUACGAGCAGUUCAGGGAGAAUGUAUUACAAAACCUAGCUGACAAGGCCUUUGACCGGCCCAUCUGCGAGGCCCUGUUGGACCAGAGGUUCUUCAAUGGCAUUGGCAACUAUCUGCGGGCAGAGAUCCUGUACCGGCUGAGGAUACCCCCCUUUGAGAAGGCCCGCACGGUUCUGGAGGCGCUGCAGCAGCGCAGGCCGAGCCCGGCGCUGACCCUGAGCCAGAAGAUCAGGGCCAAGCUGCAGAACCCAGACCUGCUGGAGUUGUGCCACUCAGUGUCCAAGGAAGUGGUCCAGUUGGGGGGCAAAGGCUACGGGCCGGAGAUCGGGGAGGAGGACUUUGCUGCCUUUCGAGCCUGGCUGCGGUGCUAUGGCAUGCCAGGCAUGAGCUCCCUCCAGGACCGGCAUGGCCGCACCAUCUGGUUCCAGGGGGAUCCUGGACCUCUGGCACCCAAAGGGGGAAAGUCCCACAAGAAGAAAUCCAAGGGACUGCAGCAGGGUCCUGAGGACAGAACGGAGGACCCUCCACCCCCAAGCAAGGCCCCUUCUAGGACACGAAGGGCACGGAGAGGCCUCCCUGAGCAAACUACAGCCCAGCAGCCCAAGGGGACUAGCCUCCAACAGGACCCAGAAGCCCCUCCAGUCACUGAAAAGCGAAGAGGAGGGGGCAACCAGUACUCUCAGGUGGGCCUUCCUCAGCAUCCUCCUCUGGAGAGGGAAAGGGCACCACUGAAAUGGGCUCUCCAGGAGAAGAAGGGAUGGCAGUGUAGGUGGAAGGAAUGUGUGGACAAAGGUGGGAUCCCGGAAGGCUGUCUGGGCAGUCCUUAGCCUGGGGUCUGAGCUGCCACCUCACCUGUCCCCUCCUAGACACCACAGACCCCAAAGAUGAAGCCUGACACCCCACCCUUGGAGCCUGAAGGGACUUCUGCCUCUUAGCAGGAGGGUCUCUUUGCUUGCAUCCACCCUUCCCACUGCCUUGCGCUGCAUCUGGGAGCCUGUGUGGUUUCCUGGAAGCAGGUAGUGGUUGAAGGGGGCUGGAUGACCCUGGCCCUAUGGCUGUUCCCUGCACAACUAACUAUGAUGUUUUUAAUUGUACCCCACCUUCCCCAUUUUUAAAGCUGAUGUGAAAAAUGCUGUAUUUUUUAUAAACUGAUAAACUUGAACUUCUUGGCA